GUCACAAAAAGAGCUUCUCAUUUCAUUCCUGAUCACAUCUGUGCAGUCAGCCUGAGCUUCUGCAUCUCUUCUUGGACUGGGUUGUAAUUCCUCAGUAAGAUGACCCACCAGUUUCCGACCCUCACCACGGAGCAGAAGAAGGAGUUACAUGAGAUUGCUCUGCGCAUCGUGGCUCCUGGGAAAGGCAUUCUGGCAGCUGAUGAAUCAGUGGGCAGCAUGGGAAAGCGUCUGACUCAAAUAGGAGUGGAGAACACAGAGGAGAAUCGUCGCCAGUACCGUCAAGUCCUCUUCAGCGCAGAUGACCGCAUUGACAGCUGUAUCGGUGGAGUCAUUUUUUUUCAUGAAACCCUCUACCAGACUUCUGAUGACGGCGUUCCCUUCGUUAAAAUGAUCAAAAACAAAGGGAUCACUAUUGGAGUUAAGGUUGACAAAGGAGUUGUUCCCCUGCCAGGAACUAAUGGAGAAACCACUACACAAGGACUGGAUGGUCUAUCAGAGAGGUGUGCUCAGUACAAGAAGGAUGGCGCCGAUUUUGCCAAGUGGCGCUGCGUGAUGAAGAUCAGUGACACGGCGCCGUCUCAGCUGUGUAUCACGGAAAAUGCAAAAGUCCUUGCACGCUAUGCUACUAUCUGCCAGCAGCACGGGAUUGUACCCAUAGUGGAACCUGAGAUCCUACCCGAUGGGGAUCAUGACCUCAAGCGCUGCCAGUUUGUCACAGAGAGGGUUUUAGCAGCAGUAUACAAGGCCAUGUUUGAUCAUCAUGUUUAUCUGGAGGGAACCCUGCUUAAGCCCAACAUGGUGACCCCUGGACAUGGCUGUCCGACCAAAUACAGUGCAGAGGAGGUUGCCAUGGCGACCAUCACUGCUCUACGACGCACCGUACCUCCUGCAGUCACUGGAAUAACCUUCCUCUCUGGAGGUCAGAGUGAAGAAGAGGCCUCUGUCCAUUUAAAUGCCAUCAAUAACUGCCCACUGGUAAAGCCCUGGGCACUGACCUUUUCUUUUGGUCGAGCGCUGCAGGCUUCUGCACUGAAGACCUGGCGCGGUCACAAAGAAAACCAAAAUGCUGCCACUGAGGAGUUUAUCAAACGUGCUGAGAUUAAUAGCCUGGCAUCCCAGGGAAAGUAUUGUGGUGGAGGAGACAGCAGUGGAGCUACUGGUCUUUUCCACUACCUGUCGAGCUAUGCAUACUGAAACGCUGCAUUUAUCAUAAUCUCAUCAAAUACAGCUGAUUUCACUGCCAAUAUUGUAGAAAUGACUGUACAACGACAAGCUGCAACUACAUCUUGGGUUCAAUACAUAGCUGUGUGAAAUAAAUCAGUAUUCAAGCUGUUAAAAUUAAUUCAAACACUGUUUAGAAACCUUCUAAACAAUCAUGCAUGCAAUCUUAAUUCAAUAAAUGUGAUCAACACAAUCAACACAGUUUGGGUUACAGUUUCUGCUGUGUAGUGCUUGAUGAAUAUGCGAUUUCGAUGUCUCUGUGAAUUGGAUAGAAAUAUGCUUAUUUACACUUUGUACAUGUGUGUUGUGUACUUUUGGUGAUUGGUUGUCAUAU